AGAGUCAGUGUCAUCAUGCAUAGUUCUGUCCUCAACUUCAACUGAUCACUAUCACAAAAUCACAGAAACUCUUCAGUGGAAGAAGAUGAAGACGACACUCGCUCUGCUCCUAAUCAUGGAGCUCUGCGGACUCCCCUCCGGUCUCAAAGAACAUUUCUUUGUAAAAGAGAAGAUGACAUGGGAUUCUGCAAGCAAGUACUGCAAAACUUACUUUCAUGACCUUUCCACCUUCACCAACGAGAACGAGGAACAGCCAUUUUUGGAAGAUGCAGCUCAUCAACCUUCUCAUGCCUGGGUUGGACUCUACAAAGAAUCAGGAGUCUGGAAGUGGUCAGGAGGUGAAAAUGCAACAUAUAUUAACUGGGAUACAAGUAAUAAACAACCUGAAAAUGGCUGUGCUUUUCUACACAAAGGCCAUAAGAAACUACAUGACAUAGACUGCAAUGAUAAAUACUCCUUCUUCUGUAUGAACAUAUCAGAGUUUGUUCUGGUGCUGCGGAAUGAGGCCUGGGAAGGAGCUCUGGAAUACUGCCAAAAACAAAACAAUGAUCUAGCAAGUCUGAGUUCACUUAGCAUGAUGGAUUCUGCUUUAGGGAAAAUCACACAGGCUCAAACUGAAUAUGUGUGGACUGGUCUGCGCUUUCUAGCAGGGGACUGGUUCUGGGUCAAUGGAAAUGUUCUUGACUACACAGCCUGGUCUAAGACAGGACAGCCCCAGUGUCCUGCCAGAGACCUUCGUUGUGGAGCCCUGGACACGCAAACAAGGGAUUGGACAAACAGAGAUUGUGAAGAGAAGCUCAACUUCUUUUGUUCUGCACAGGCAGUAAAAGGUGCGGUUCGGGCCUCCAGUAUUUUCCCCAUCCUCAGUGUCAUCCUGCUGUUCGUGGGUGGCCUCUGUGUCGCCGCCAGCGAGUUCUACAAGUCUCGACACAACAUCAUCCUCAGCGCAGGAAUCUUCUUCGUAUCCGCAGGGUUGGAGCAGGACUGUGGUUCUCCAGGACCAACAUUGGCUGCCCCUGGUGUAGGCAAUGGUGGUGGUAACAUCCAGCACAUUGCACCACAGCACCGUGUGCCAUCUCUGUGA